AUUGCGAUUAUUGUUAUCACUAACAUUCUGGUCAUGGCUGAAACGAUCAAGAAAAAUAAACUUUAAAUACAAUACAUAUUAUAAUAUGUUGAAGAAGUUUAAUAUAUAUAAAAUUAAAGUUAUUAGUUUAAUUCUAUUAAUAUUAAUUGGGUGUAAUUUGGUAGAAAAUGUACAUAGCUAUUGUUUUCCUCGGAAACUCUGGCAUGUAGAAAGACACACAUUGCAUUUUCCCGACUUGAAUGAAAUGGCACAUGUAUUGUCGAAGCAAUUAAAAUCACAGUUCCAUUAUGUAAAAACCGAGGUUGCAAACUCUCCGGAUUUAAGGGAGGAACCCUUUUUAUUGACUACUGCAGGAUUAACUGGAAGUACUCGAGUGUUAGAUAUUGGUAGCCUUAGCAAUCUAGUUCCACGUCCGAACCUUAAAAAAAGUUAUUCUUUGGUUGAUAUGAUGUCAAUUGCUGAAUUAAACACUGCUUAUGCUUUUGGUGCCGGAGCAGGACCAUUCAAGCAACUUGGGUACAAUUCAGAAGGAGUUUACAAUUUUAACGUUAGAGAUUGUACAUUGCAUCAACAUUCUGCUUCAAUUCGAGUAACGAACUUGCCAAAUGGAACUUUUGGGUAUAAACUUUUAAAUUUGAAUGAUAGUCAAACUGACGUUGGUUUUCUUUGUAACUUGUUUGCUUCUAAAGGUCAUCCUGGAAAAGUUGUUCAAUUACAUUUAAAACAACGCAUAAAUAGUACGUUUGUAUUAGGCACAGGAUUACGCCACAUUCUGCGUAAACAUUUUGGUUCUGAAAAACCCAUAGGUGUGGGAUUGGUUGGUUUGUUUAAAAAUGGCGUGGCAGACACUUCUGUUAUGCCAACUUUUUCUGAGGAACCAGUAGAAAAUUUUGCUGAUUGGGUGAAACAUUUCAAUACCAGUGCUCCCUUUGUAAUGCUUGGAACUAUUUUAACUGAAGAUCAAGGGUUGAAUUUGUAUACGCCUCACAUCCAUUUUAGAAAUGAACACCAAGGCGGCCAUUUUAUAAACGAUAUAAGCCCAGAAGAUGUCGAAUAUGUCAUAUAUUUAAGCCCAGCGGAGUAUAUUUAUAGAGUCGAUCAACCAGGGAUAGCUAAAAUUAAUGGCAACUAAAAAUAAUUGAUCUAUAAUGAUACCAAUAUAAUAUGAACGUUAAAGUUUAAGGUUGAGGGUGAUUUCCAAAAAUUUAUCUUAAUAAUAUUUGAUUAUCAGAUUUGUUUACCAUAGACCAAAAUAUUCUACAUCACGAUUUCUGAAACUUUCAUUAUAUAAAAAUACACAUUUUCUAUUUUUAUUUUUAAUAUAAAAAAUUAUGUAGAUAAUAAAGAAAUCACUUUUA